GACCAAAACAAAUAGACGUCAAAAAAACGUUAACCGUUUUCCUCGUUUUUCCGGUUUUCCCCCUUCGGAAUUUGUUAUUCAAAGCCAAAUAAUUUAACGUGAAAUAAUAUCGGAGAAGUUGUGAAUAUUAUUGUAAUGAACGAUUCAAGUCACUCCUGCCGGCUAUGCCUCUUACCUGUGGCCGAUGACCUUUCUGCAGAUGAAGUUUUUCCUUCGGAAGGCUUCCCGAAUCAGACUUUGAUCACCAUGAUCUACCAAUGCACCUCGAUCCGGAUCGAUUUCCAUCGGGAUUAUUCUUGUGUGGUCUGCAACCAGUGCAUUGAAAUGCUUGAACAGUUCCACAGCUACCGGGAACGUUGCUUGGAGAACGAUCUGCAGCUACGUCAGAUGCGAUGUGACGAUGAAAGCUCAGUGGAUGAUGAUCCACUGGAGGUGGUGGCCUCGACGGACAAUGCGCCGUUAGUAAUGACGGUAUUUCAAAAGCAGAUAAAACAACAAAUUAGAGGCUUUUUGGACGAAAAGGUGAACGAGAUUGAGAGGAAGGCUCUGGACAUGGCGACAGAGGCGAUACGCAGUCAAGCUCUAGAUGAUGCGAACGGAUCAAGUGUUGAUUGGAAAAGCAAAUAUGUGACUCUGCAAAGGAACAACGAACUAUUACAAACGGCCUUCCGUAAUCAAAAGGCCAAACUGAAACAGAUGGAAAGGGCAUUGAAGGGUUAUGAGAAUGAAGAACAUUCUUUAAACAGUUCAAGCCAGAUCAAGUAUGAAACCACGGCGGCAGCAGAGUCUGACGGACAACAAAAUGGAGCAGGUUUCUUCACUGUUCACCGGGAUAUUCCGGAAAUUUCAACUGAGCUAAUGCAGAAUUUGAACAAUGACUCAGGGCCGGGCGAGAAAGGCGAUCGACAGUUCAUAUCAAAAUUGGCCGUUGCCGUUUUCGGCGAGAAAGUUCUGCUCAGUUCGAGCGUUACAGGAAGACCAUCCAAUUCGCAUAAUAAUAUACCUCCGAAACCGCCUCUAUGUCCGCGAAAAGUUGCUGCGAUUGGAGCGAAACUGUUUGAACGAGUGGAACAUGAAGUGGGUCGAUUCAAUCAAAAGGAAUUGAUGCAACGUGCCAGCGACAAAGUUGUGCGGCUUGUAGUCUGUCAAAAAUCGGCGAACCUGCGUAAACAGGCGCUUAAACGGAACCAGACAAGCGGGAACAACUCUUUAGAAGAUGAUGAUAACGAUUAUACUCCAAGGCCGCGUGUCAAACGAAGAGUCCAAAGUAAGUAUACGUAAAUCAAUGAUCAAUUAAUAAUUAAACAGAGAAAUCGGCAUGCAGAUUUA